CAGAUCAGCAGCGCUGUGGGAAGGGCCGUGGUGACAUCUCUCAGCCCUGUUUUCCCUUUCCCUUUAGCCCCUGCGAGGCCGCUUCAUCCAUUUCCACUCCAUCACCUUCUGGGUCGGCAACGCCAAGCAGGCUGCAUCCUAUUACUGCAACAAGCUGGGGUUCGAGGAGCUGGCGUACCGGGGGCUGGAGACAGGCAGCAGGGAGGUGGUGUCACACGUCAUCAAGCAGGACAAGAUCGUGUUUGUUCUCUCAUCUGCUCUCAACCCAGGCAAUGAGGAGAUGGGGGAGCACCUGGUGAAGCACGGUGAUGGGGUGAAGGACAUCGCCUUCGAGGUGGAGGACUGCGACUUCAUUGUGCAGAAAGCCAAGGAGCGCGGUGCCGCGGUGCUGAAGGAGCCCUGGGUGGAGGAGGACAAAUUCGGGAAGGUGAAGUUCGCGGUGAUCCAGACGUACGGGGACACCACCCACACCCUGAUAGAAAAGCUCAACUACAAAGGCCUCUUCCUGCCCGGGUACCACCCGCCCCUCUUCAGGGACCCCCUGCUGCCAAAGCUACCAAGCGGCAAGCUCAACUUCAUUGACCACGUUGUGGGCAACCAGCCCGACCUCCAGAUGGUCCCAGUGGCAGACUGGUACCAGAAGAACCUGCUCUUCCACCGCUUCUGGUCAGUGGAUGACAAGCAGCUGCACACGGAGUUCAGCGCCCUGCGCUCCAUCGUGGUCACCAACUACGAAGAGACCAUUAAGAUGCCCAUCAAUGAGCCAGCAUUUGGCAAGAAGAAAUCCCAGAUUCAGGAAUACAUUGACUAUUACGGAGGGGCUGGAGUGCAGCACAUCGCGCUGAACACCUCCGACAUCAUCUCAGCAAUCACCAACUUGAAGCAGCGGGGUGUGCAGUUCAUGGAUGUCCCAUCCAGCUACUACCGGAUGCUGCGGGAGAGGCUGAAAACUGCCAAAAUCAAAGUGAAGGAGAACAUCGACAAGCUGGCGGAACUGAAAAUCCUGGUGGAUUUUGAUGAGAAAGGCUACUUGCUCCAGAUCUUCACCAAACCGGUUCAAGACAGACCCACCGUCUUCCUGGAGGUCAUCCAGCGGCACAACCACCAGGGCUUCGGUGCCGGGAACUUCAAGUCUCUGUUUGAAGCCAUUGAAAUGGAUCAGGAUGCAAGAGGAAACCUGACUGUGCUGGAGCCCAACGGGGAGACCAGGCGCAUCUAAGAGGGGGCAGAAAACAGCCUCAGCCCUCAUGGGCUGAGUCACAAAUGAACUGGGGAACAGCCCCUGUUUUGGUAAAUACCCAGUUCCAAGUGCCAUGAACCCAGGAAGCUGCUGCCAAGUUGGAAGUGCAGAAAGACUCAACACCUACCCCAGCCCAGCUGAAGACCUGCAGCUACGGAGGAAGAGACAAGAAACAACUGGGAGUGUUUAAAUUUAGUGUAGCCAAGGUUUUCUGUUAGGUUUAGGACCACGGGAAGCUGGGAGAGGAAAGCUCGGAGGUCUUGGCCUCUGUGCAUCCCAUUUUGUGAGGUUUUAAUUGCUUUUAGACUUGAAUUAGCUGAGAUUAAACACAUGGGUUUAGGAUAGCUACAACAUUCUGGAACGAGACUUUAUCUGAUUUACCUAUUUCAGCCUUCACAAGGAAACAGUCUUGCUCUAAUACCUGUAAAUUCCUGCGUUAAUGAAGGGUUGGGUUUUCUCCUGUGUUCCAAGAAGGAAUUGCUGGCAUCGGCAUGGAUUCCUUGGCUCAGAUCCUGGUUGCACGUGCAAAGCUUCCUCUGCGCAUCGCUCUGGUGUCACUGUCCUUUGAAAGGGGACCUUCCCCAGUCACAUGAUUAAACCCUUUUCUGUCACA